UUAUAUGGAGGAGAUAGACCAACUGAGCUUAUGUCUGAUUUCCACAGUAAAUUAAUUAAAAGAGAUGAUCAACUAAUUGAAUUCAAGACUCUUCUUGUACUUAAUGAAAUCAUAAAGCUAAAUCCCUUUGUAUACAAGAAAGAGCAUGGCAUACGCAGAAAGAAAGAAGAAGUAAACUAUAUAAAUUUUUUUUAUGGUAGCAGGUUUAAUCUAGACACAAGAGAAUGCACACUGGAGAUCGAUGAUGUAAAAAACUUGAAAAGCAUAGCCAAAUACACCUCAGAGAGCCUGAAUAGACACAAUCUCUCGUAUGUUUCUGGGCUGGUGAGUUUAUUGAAUCUGGCUGCUCUAAAAGAGUUCAUGCCCGUAGAAGAAUACUACACACUAGACUAUCUAUACACAAACAAAUACAAAUACUCUGGCAAGACAUUGGUAGACUACGGGCUGGACCUUAUUCAAGAAAAGUACCACAAAAUUAAAGAAAUAAGAGAUGCCUCCAAUGACCAUGAUAAACUAAAGGAGAUAGCUGAUCAAAUUAGCGGGCUGUUCGUCUCCGAUGAAGAAUUAAAAAUAGUUCUUUCCAUUGGCCAGAACAUAAAACAAAUUAGAAAAGAGAAGGAAAUACACAGCUGCAUGAUCGAUGCAAUAGAGUACAUGAUGGAUGAUACCGAUAUCUUAGGUAAAAAAGACGAGCCAAAAACAGCGAAGAUAGAGAGUGAUUUGAGCAAUUUUGAUAAAGACUACAUAAGCGGUGCCACAGGCUUGAAUAAAACAGUAAGCGAAAGAAGAAGUAAGUUGACUAAAAAAAGACGAAUGCUGGAAGAAGAAAAAAUAGAGUGCGAAGAAAAGAGAAUACAAAAGCUACAAAAGAAAACUAGCAGCACCUCGAAUGUUUCAGACCAAAAUGAAAGUCGCACUGUUGCGGAUAUAGAAAAUGAUAUGGUGCUGUUGGACUGGGAUUUAGAAAAAGAAGCCUUGCAGUACUCCAAUGUCUGCAAGCUUCUAAGCAGAUUAAGUCUUUUAUCUGACAUAAGCCCAAUCCAAAAAGAAUACAUAGUUAAAAAUAUAGAAGAGUUUGUUCAAAUGAGAGAUGCAACAAUGAGAGAUGCGAAAAUGAGUAAAGUGCAAGAGAUAGAAGAA